GUAUAUUCUAGCUAUAUUCAUAAAAUAUAUAAAAUGUAUUUUCUAAUAAUAUUAACACAUUUUUAUACAACGUCUAUAAAAUAAUUUUAUACCAUGAGCUUAAUGUAUACUUAUCACUGACCACCGUAUAGUGUAUAGGGUAUAAUAGGAACUCACAGUUGACCCACAGGUUUUUUCUCAGUUAUAUGUGGCCCCAUGAAAUGGCAAACUACAUAAAUAUUUUUUUAUUUCAAAAAAUAAUGUACAAUGAUCAAUAAUAAAAUAAUAUUAAAUACUAAUAAUUUAUAAAAUGUACACAGGCUCAAGAAUGUUUCUAUACAAAUGUAAUAAUCAAUUUAUAAGUAUUAUAACAUCAUGAUGUAUAUACAUACGUGAAGCCUGAGCAUUGAAGUAAAAUAGCGCGUACGAAAUAGUGCUUAAACUUACCAACUCAUAAUGUACUUAUGUACCUAUAAUUCGAAAAACAAGAGUAGGUAUACAAAUAUAUAUAAUACGCUGCGUAGGUACUGUACGCGCGGUUGUGAUGUAGGUCUUAGUAAAACAUACACUGAUAUUAUUAUCUAUAAACAAUGAUCCAAGUACUCAACGGAGCAUUUAUUUUGAUUCCCAGUGUUUAUCUUCGGUUACGGCCGGCGAGAAAGCAUCUAGUGCCCUAGUGGAAAUUAAUAAGUACACUGGAAGCGCUUCCUAUCUUGACCUGUUCCCAUUUUGGUGGUAAACUGUGCGCAUCACUAUGGAGACCAAUUUCUAUACGACGGUGAGUGGUGAGCAUGAAUGCACGAUUAAAGAUAAUAUAAUGGUUGCCCAACCAUAAAUAAAGGUAAGAAUAUUCCUAUAUUAUCUGUGCCCAACGAGCAUGGAAUAAUGUUGUCUUUAAUAUUAUUCUCAUGAUAAGAACAAUUAUGCAAUUGUACUAUACCAGCGGUGUAGCCUGGGGAGGGGCUGAGGGGGCUGCAACAUUCCCCCCGAAAAAAAAUCCUGGCUAUGCCACUGUAGUACUGUACUACACUACUACCUAUAUUAAUAUUAUAGAGAGUGCACUAAUAGCGUUUUCCAUCUGACUACACUAGUGCACACUAGACGCGAACACUGAUACCAUAAUCACAGUAUCACAUAAUUCUCCUUACCGCCAAAAUGCACGGUUUACACCGGUGUGCACUAGUGCAGUCAGAUAGAAAACUCUAAAAGCAGCAGGGGUACGAAACUCCGUGAACUGGCCGAGUCAGGCGAUUGUGGCCUUGAACACGGUUCCAGGGGGGGGGCGUGGCAUACGUGAAAUAGGGAAUGGUAAACAAGCCGACCCCGCGUUACGUAUCCCGCCAUAGUCAUAGAACCGUUUUCUUAAUAUUGGUCACCAUGGAUCUAACAUCAUGUUGGUGCGUGGAACCGUUUUCAUGUUUUUCGUAGGUUCAGACUUCAGAUCAUAGGUAAUCAAGACCCCAAUCAGCUGAUCGAGUUUCGCUUCUAUAUUGUUCUAUGCUAAAAGUUGGUUGAGCAGCUGAUUCUGAAAGUAAUUAUUUGAUGUGAUAAUCGUCAUAUCGAUUGUGACCAUGGUUAUCUAGAUCAUCGGGUAACCUUUUUAUUUAGUGGUUAGCACUAGUUUUGCGUUAAGACUUACAAUCUCUUUGAAUAGUUGAGUGUGUGGUGGACUGGAGGAUAAAAUGGAAAUAAUUAUUAGAAAUAGUUUUCUACAGAACGUCUGAAACUCCGAACGUAAGAUAACCUUACGGCUUCCAUAGGUACCAUUAAAAUAAAACAUGCUCGAUUGAUAAAUGGAUUACGGAUUGCAUUUUUAAUUUUUACAAACCUAGUUCAAAUUUUAAACGUUUCAGGAAGCUAUUUUAAUACUUUCGUACAGGUAUUUUCCUAAGUUUAUUAGAAAAAUAUAUUUUUUUUAAAUGUCCAACAGUCCUAAAUACAAGUUAUUAUAUUGCCUGCUGCUUGGUAGUUGGUAUUAAAAUGUUAAUAGUACCAGCUACCAAUCUGUACAGAACGUAAGGUAAAUUUUUUAUUGGACGUCAGGACACCAUCACUAUAAUAUAAUUGUCAUGCCUAUUAUAUAUUUUUGUUAUCACAAAGCAUUUUUAUUAUUAUUAAUUUCAUUAUUGUUUGGUAUUUACUAUUUAUAUAUUUGAAAGUAAAUUGCAAUUAAAAGAUUGCUCCAUUAUCCGAACCCUGAAGAUUAAAUUAAAAUAACCAAUUGUCAUUAUUAUUCGUGCAUUAUGGGACGCAAGAAAAUUAAUAUAUCCAAAAUCACGGACGAUCGAAACCGUUAUGUGACGUUUAACAAACGCAAAUUUGGUGUUAUGAAGAAAGCUUACGAGUUAAGCGUAUUAUGUGAUUGUGAAGUAGCAAUUAUUAUUUUCAACAAAAACAACCAGUUGUACCAGUAUGCUAGUACAGACAUGGACCAAGUGUUACUUAAAUAUACUGAAUAUAGCGAACCACAUGAAUCACUGACAAACACUAAUAUUAUUGCUCAAUUAAACAGUAGAGGAGGAGGAGAAGAUCCUAGAAGCUCUAAAUCUGUAGAUUCACCUGUCGUUGAUGAGAAAAAUGCAAUAAAUGAACCCAGAAAAUUAUUUAAAGAUGACGAUGAGGGUGAUAAUAAUGACCUUGAAUGUGAGAUUAUUCCUGACAAGCCAGGCAUUCCUAGCAUUCCUCCUCACAAACAUCCAGAAACUUUAAGAAAAAUACGAGAUAAUAACUCUAAUGAAAAUGAUAAACGAGUUAAUUCCAGCGACUCAGAUAUGAGUGAUGGCAAGUUGAAAAUAGACAGUGGAGCUGAUGAUGAUUUUGAAGAAAUAGAUGACAGUUUACGAAAUGAUAUCGAAAAAUAUAUUUCUUCAAUUACCUCACGACAACAAACCCUGCCUAAUAACCCAACAACUGUUGAUGAAAUUAAAGUCGAAAAAAAUGAUGUAGAAUUAAUCGAAUAUGGCAUAAAAGUUCCUGAGGAAGCGAAGAGCUCUAAAAGUCCAGAAGCUACAAAACCACAAUUAAUGCAAAAUGUUCGGAAACCACAAUUCCUGCCAAAUAUUUACUCAAGUUUAGGUUUAAUUCAAAAUAAAUCUCCGAAAAAUCAAUCUUUGAAUGUGCGGAGCAACCCUUAUAGUAUUCUAAAAACCUCCAAAAAAAUGGUAAAAAUACCACCACAAAAAUCUCAGGAAAUUCAAAAUAACAUAGCACACAAUGGACAGUCGCGAAUACAGCAACAAAAAGUUUAUGCAGGAUUCAAACAAUGUGUACAGGUAAAAAAAAAUUUGAUGUCUUCUGAAAUUAAAAUUAAUAGUGCAAAUUUGUCGCAAAGUAGUAAUACAAAUGAUUCUUAAAAUUGAGUAUAUUUGAAAAUUGAAACAUUCCAAAUGUUAUUACUUUUAUUU